GGUCGGAACUAACUUAUAAAAUAUUGGUUUAGUGAGUUCCCUCAAAAAAACAUUCGCUGCAGUUCCACAAACGGCCUGUGGGGGCAGCAGUGCGCCUUUGCUGUGUCUGGUCAAAGCAGGAUGAAGACGAUGUCACACUCCGGUACAGCAGGUGGCGGGAUUCCGUGAAUUGCCGUUAUUAAACAGAAGAAGAAGAGGAGGCGACAGCAGCAGCAGCAGAAGAAGAAGAAGAAGAAGGAAAAAGAAAAAGAAAAAGAAAAAGAAAAAGGAAAAGAAGAAGAAGAAGAAGAGGACCCGAGGUGUGUUUGUGUUUUAGCUCCGAACUCCAACAGAAACUUCCUCUCAACCCUCGGGACCAGGUUUUUCCUCCGGGAAGGAACCGCGACUGUCCAGCGUGACUGGAGAAACCAGUUCAGAGAGUCCAGAGAAGACCAGUCUGUCAACAUGGACGCCCAGCAGGGAGCUCAGGGACUCGCUGGUGGACAUGUACACAGAUAAUCCCAGACUGAACGCGGAGCUGCGACAACGUCUGCCUUCACCUGCCAGACAACAACUCAUCAACCCUGACAGAAUAAAACUCCAGAGAAACAGAGGCUGCAGAACUUCAUUGAGAAUCGUGUUUCUGAUGUUUUACAGAUCAGGGACCGGUCUGAGUCUGGACCACAUCGAGUGGCCUCAGGCUUCCCAGCACCUCCAGGAUCAUCCAAGCUCCUGCUCCCCCUCCCCUCUGUCCCACAGGAGAUCUGUCUCUCCUGUCUCACCCCUCUUCCACAGGAGGUUUGUCUCUCCAUUGUCUUCCAGACCUUCAGGAGGUGCAGGGGAGAUGGAGAUGGACCCCAGCAGAGACCCUUCUCCUCGUGCAGAGAGCUGUGGAGAUGAACAUGGUGGAGGUGGAGCACCCAGAGGACCUGGAAGUCCCGGCCAUAGAAGACACCUGGUCACUGCUGACGGCAGUCUUCAUCAGGACGUCUCAGUUGGUGGACUCCAGAGUUUUGAUCGAGACAGGAACAUCUCGUUUCUCCUGAAGGAGCUUGACGCUCUGAGAGAACUCAACAAGAAGCUGCAGGACCAGCUGCUUCAGAAGGAGAAGGAGCUGCAGAGGAGGGAGGUGGAGGAGGAGCUGAGGGAGGAGCAGAGGGAGGCCCGAGGCUGGGAGAGACCUGCUGCGGUGUUGGAGGAGGUGUUGGCAGCUCAGAAGGACAGAGAUCAGGCUCUGAUGUCACGACUCCUGUUGGCCAAUGAGGAGAGAGACGAGGCUCUGCUUCGUGCACGCCGACUACAGCAGGCUGCUGAGUUGGAGAGGUCUAACCUGUUGGACUCUGACAUGGAUGUGGAUGAGCUCCUUCAGUGUGUCUGUGAUGCCAAUUCCGUCCAGGAAGUCGAACAGUUCGGUUUAAUUCUGGUCCAGCGUCUGCAGUUGGCACGGCAACGACGGAAUGACAUCACUGCUCAGGAGAUGAAGGCUGUAAUGGAGGAGAGAGACGGUUCUGUCGCUAGGUGUAAACGUCUGGAACAGGAUCUGAUUCAGGAGAGAGAGCAGAGGGCAACCAAGGAGGAGCUGCUGAGGCUUCAGAGAGAGAAGGAUGGCGCUCUGGAUGACAUGUGGCAGCUGGAGGCGGAGCUACAGGUGCAACGAGCCGAUCACAGCUUUCAACACCUCCUCACCCCCCCCCCCUCGCUGCCGGUUGAUGGUGUCUCUUCAAUGAGUUCGUCAGAAGCUCUAUCUCCUGAGGCCCUGCCCCCUCAGACCCCACCCUUGCUGGUCCAGCUGCAGCAGCUAUCAAAGGAAAAGCAGAGCGUGGAGGCGGAGCUUCAGCGCUGUCAGGAGGCGGAGCGAGAGGCCGGCGAGAGAGUCCGCAGGUUGGAGCGUCUGGUCGAGGUUCUGAGGAAGAAGGUCGGGACAGGAAGCCUCCGAGCCGUCAUCUGAUCUUUUAUAUCAAUAAACUUUAUUAACUUGCUUCAGGCUUUUCUCAAACCUGCAGCUCUGUUAUUAUUAGUCUUUAUAAUCAUUUUGUUAUGUAUAUCAGUGAUGAUCAACCUACAGAAGGUUCUCUCCUUUUUUCUUUAUAUUCUUUGUUUAGUAUCUUAAACUAAUGUAAACCCAGAAAGAAAAUCCUUAAAGCAUUACAGUUUGAAGUGUUUGAUUUUUGGUUCAUUUUUCGAAGUGUAAUCAGGAAAUAUAUAAUUAAGAUGAUGGAACUAAUUCUCAUUGUAAUCAGCUGUUUCUUUCAUGCUAUUGUGUAUGACAUAUGAUGCUAUGAUGGAGUGAAGUAUUUUUUCUUUAUUUGAAAUAAAAUAAUGAUUUUUCA